AUGUUUUCUGAAGAAUCUUCUGCAUUGUUUGCCCUCGGGGAAGCUUCAAUCCCAGGGCAAUCCAACGGAUCAACUCCAAAGCACAAAUUCGGAACACACGAGAGUGUUAUUAAGGAGUUUGUCUUCUUGCACGACAACGUUCACAUUGUGAGCAGUUCCCAGGACGGCACAAUGCAGAAAUGGAACUGCGAUACAGGGCUUAUGGUUGGAGAACCAUGGAAAGAGAAGAGCGGAAGCACAUAUGCACUGGCGCUUUCACCGGACGGCAAGAUGAUUGCAUCCGGGAGGGAUGACGGAAGGGUUCAGCGGUGGAAUACCAACGGGGAGAUGAUAAAAGGCAUUUGGACAGGUCAUAGCGGCCGGGUGAUGUCGCUCUCAUGGUCUCCCAGUGGAAACCAUCUUGCAAGCGGAUCUUAUGAUGGAACAAUUCUGAUUCGAAAAGCAGAAAACGGAAAAGUGGAGGUGGGCCCCAUCAAGACGGAGCAGAACCAUGUGUGCGCUCUUGCAUAUUCACCCUCUGGAGACCGAAUUGCAUCUGGCGGGUACAAUACAAUUUGCAUCUGGAACACGAAGACCGGCAAGCUCGUUGUCGGCCCCUUGGAAAGCAUGAGGGCCGAUGUGACAUCGUUGGUGUGGUCGUCAGACAGCACAAAACUGUACUCCGCAUCCGAUGAAUUCGCACGUGUUUUCGAUAGCAAAUCAGGUAAACUGCUCCAUGCUUUCAAGCACAACCAUUUGUUGGACUCCCUUGCACUUUCACCCAAACAUGAUGUUCUGGCGUGCGUGACCGACGGUAUUGUCAAAUUAUGGGAUACGGAAUCCUAUCAGCCACUUGGCCAGCCAUUUGGCUGGCCGUUCGGACUGUCUCUCGCAUGGCCUAUCGAUGUGUCAUUCUCUCCAGACGGGAGAUACAUAGCAUAUGGCGGAGCCGACAACAGACUCACUCUCUGGUCUGUCAAAGACAUAGCUCCUCAGCUUGCAGCACCCAUACUCCCUCAACAAAGCGACACACGAAGCAUACAACAGGAAACUCGGCCCAACUCCCCAUUAUCAUCAUGCCUUGAAGCUGAUGCUACUGGUGGCGAUGGCAUCAUUGAGGAGGGACACUAUGAUCCAUAUCACAACUUCUUCCAGUCUUCGUGUCAAUCUUUUCCAUCGGCAGCGCCUGGCUCCCAUCUCCCCCACCUAUUUUCCACUCGUCGCUUGUUGAAGGUCUUCUCUCGACGUCACCCACCGGUAGACGAGUCCGUUCGCAAAGAACGCUUGAAGCGCAAGUUCUUCGCUUGUCGUGCUCGCUCGAACUCGUCCCUGAAGCUCGCAACCAUCAUAGCAAACCAACCAGUACCAGAAGGGAAAGUUGGAGAAGUUAAAGGCAAUCAAGGUGCGAGUAUCGAUGAUUGGGGUUCUGCAAAUUAUUCCCUCGGCGCCGGAAGGGAUAAAGGCAACCAACAAGAUGAUCCUCCCGCCGACGCACAGAGCCCACUGCCUCAUGCACUCACUCCCCCUGCCGACCUCGAUAGCAAAUAUACUCGAAACCUUUGGAAAUGGCUAAUGCAGGCACGAGGAAACAAUACCAUAUUCAGUUCCCUGUAUUUCAGUACUUGGCCUUCAAAUGCACCCCAACCUAUACCCCGCCAGCCUUGGCACCGGAAUUCCAACCCAUUUCCCGUAAGAUCUUCCAGACGUCCCGUUGAUGUGGCAGCUUGCCGCGACGAAGAUAGAUAUGGCAUUGUCCCGGAAUCUGACGCGGAAGCAGCUGCAGCCAUGCUACGUACAAGCGGCAAUGAGGUCGACAGUCCAAUGCGACCAAGUCAGCCUGCAGUGGGGGCGCAAGUGUCUCACGGACGGCCCACACAAACACAAGCCUUGACGAGCGGGCCAGAGGGAGGCGUCUAUGAAGGAGUAAGCUGCUGCGGAUUUUUCUUUGGCUAUCGUCGUCGUUCCAACUCGCUUCAGCCAUGAUGUCAUUUGCUGAGACCCUCUUACUCUUUGUCACUCAAUCAAUUUCUUUUGUUUGCAUAGUAUAUGGACCAUUUCAUACACAGCUCUGCACCGUCCGAUGUAC